AUGGUGCUCACCUACUCUUGCGCGCUGCUUGCGCUGACAUUGUGUGCCACACCGCCGUCCCUGGGAUCGGCGAAGACUGCCGCAGGCUACCGCGCCGCUGCCACUCUGCAACGGCAACAACAUCAGCGCCGGAGCGGGCGGCUUGGCGCCAACGACGGCGCGGAGGCGGGACGGUCGCUUUUGGAGCACCCACAGGCGGCUGCUACACCAGCAGCCCACAUCAGGCGACGAGAUAAGAACUCGUGGUGGUGGGGAAGGCGGGGAGGGCUCGGCCGAACCCGUGCUGCUGGUAAUGGUCGUUGCGCGGCGAAGGCCACCGGGAAGGAAGCAGCAGCAGCAGCAGCAGCAGCGGACGGGAUUCGCUCGACGGGCUUCGAGGCAGCGGUGGGCUUGGCGAGGGGUGGCGGCGGCGGGUACAACUACGACGACGACUACUACGGGGGAGCGGAGGGGGGAGGGGGGGACGACCCUUACUACGAAGACGGGGCGGGGGGGUGGGGGGACGACGGUUGGGGGGGGGAUGACCGAGGAGGGAGGGGAGAUCGAUACGACCCGUACGAAGAGAGGAGAGGGAGUUCGAAGAGCGGGGGGCGAGGAAGAGGCAAGAGCGGUGCGGGAGGAUUUGACCUGACUGGAACCAUAGCCAACGGAAACAAGAAGUACGGCAUCUACGCCUUGGCGGGGUCGGUCCUGCUGACGAUGAUGGGGGUGUCGCUAAUGUUCGAGAAGAACCUCAUCCGCUUGGGUAACCUCGGGUUUGUGGCGGGCAUGUCGCUCUUCAUCGGCCCCAGCAACGUCGUGCGGUACUUCACUCAGGCCUCUAAGCUCAGGGGAUCCGUCAUUUUUGCGGUGGGUUUCUUCUUCGUAUUCACGGGGCACCCUAUCAUUGGCCUCGCCAUCGAGGUCUUCGGGUUCCUGAACCUCUUCGGAAACAUGUUGCCGAUGGUGUGGGCUAUGGCGAGCAACAUGCCCUUCAUCAAGGAAAUCAUGGGCAGCGGGUCCUCAAAGGGGAAGAAAGGACGGAGCGGCAAAAGCAGCAGACAGAAGCGAUCUUCCCGCGCGGCGCCUUCGCGCGACGACUACGACUACGACCGACAGGGCGGAGGCUACGGCUACGAUGACGACGGUUGGGACAAUGGAGGCGGCGGCGGCGGCGGCGGCGGCCGGUGGGGGGGCUACGACGAGUAAAUAAGCCUUUUUUCCUCCGCUGAUGUUGUCAUGGACGCGUUCCUACUGUCUUCCUUCCCACUAACGUUGGUUGUGGGGCUCUGUGGCUUGGCUUUUCUGUGUGAGGGGGAGCGGGCGGGCGGGGGGGGGGGGUAUUGAAAAUGAAAACUAGUUCAGGCGCCGACCAAUCAAUGUCUGCUGAGAUUGAUCUUGAUGUUUGGGCAGCGAUGGCGCUUGGUUUUGGGGGGGGGGGGGGCAUCAUGACCACCGUGUAUCGUGGCGCCUGCCUGUGUUGUCUCGCACUCUUGUGUUGUAGUUGGUACAGACCUUCUUUUCCGAUGGCACCGAACAGUCGUUUGCAGUACAAUAUGCCUUGAAGAGAACGUGGAGCAGCUGGGGUGCAACGCAGUGGUCCUUCUGUGCCUAUACCAGACAAAAGGGGGGUGCCGUGUUUGGAGUCAAAUCAAUCCUCUUGACCCGAAGGGAUGCAUGUUGUCCGGUGUUGUUUCAUACCCGCCCAGCACUUUUGGCGUUGGUCGCUGUCAAGUCCAUGCUGUGUGUGGUGUUUGGAAGUUUUAGUUUUUCCCCUACUUGCCUACAUGUAGGCGGGAGAUUCGGAGGUAACGACGUUACUGCUGUCGCGUGUUGCCGCGCUGCCUGUGCUGGUGUGCUGGCGCACAACCAGCUACCUUCUUUAUACUGCUACGAUCCUGUUGUUUUCGUUUGUACUUCUCACCAGUUUUUCGGGAUUUCGUCACGACUUUUUGUUGUCCUGGAACCCAACGUCGCGCUGAACGAUAUGGUUGUGCUUACUGCGUGUCUUGUCUGUUUUUUUAGUGGGUAUACGUAUAGCAGUUAUAUGUUGUGUUGAUUGUGAAACGUGCUGCUAAGGAUGCGUGCAA